AUGUUUGAAAACACUAAAGGUUUUAAUAUCAUUAAUAAUGAUUCAUUAGAUUUCCCAGCUAAAAUCUUCCAUAAUGAUAUUAAUAAAAAUUUAGUAACUUAUAGAAAUCUAAUACCUACUUUAGAUUUACAUGAUGAUCCAAUAAUAAAGGGGCCAGCUGAUUUGGGCCAAUUAUAUGAUCAACUAAGAGAUAUUGCAAAACCAUAUGGUGCAAUUAAAAUUAAAUUUUCUAAUAGAAAUGUAAAAAAUUUAGAGACAAUUUUAGAAAAAAAUUUGAAAUUUCAAACUAUUAGUCAACCAUUAAUUGCAAAAAAUUAUCAAUUAGAAAGAUUUCAUUUUUAUUAUGAUUUAUACGUUUUUUUAAAACACUCAAAUCAAUCACUAGAAAAUGAAUUCGUAAAGAUUAAAUCUCAUAAACUUGAUUUAUUUGAGUUCAAUAAUUUAAUUAAUUCUAAAGGGGGGUUUGAUUCAUUCAAAGAUAAAAAUAUGGAGAUUUGGUAUUCAAUACUACAAGCAUUACAUUUACCCCUAAUACAAGAUUCUAUUGAUUUCUUAAUAUUAGUUUAUGAAAAAAUCUUAUUAGGCUUCCAAUCAUACGAUAAAGAUAAUACAACUCAUAAUUACCCAAAUUUGAAAAAAAGAUCAAUAGAUCCAAAUCUAAAUCCACAAUUACAUCCAUAUAAACGUUUAAAAAUUAUCCAAGAUUAUAAAGGUAUCAAUUUACCCAACGAAAUACGAAAUUUUUACCUACCAAACACUUCAAUAGAUUUAAACACUUUUGCAUCACCAUCAAUUUCAAAUUCAGAUAAUACUUAUAAUUUCAGUGAAUUUAUUGAAAAAAAUGACAAGAAUUUCCAAUUAAUUGAUUCUAUAUCUAAUAUAAAUAUAGAUGAUAUUACUAUUGAUGAUUUUGAAAUUUUCUUGAAUGAAAUUUUAAUUGACCGCUGUGAAUUAUUAGAUAUUCAAACAUCAAUUGAUUUAACUCAAUCACCUUUAAAGAUCAAAACUAAUUUAGAUGAAAUCUCAUUAAAUAAAAACUCAUUUUUAAGUCAUUUUAAUCUUGAUACAAAUUCAAUAACAACUUCUAAUUAUAAUAUAAAUAUGAUUCUAUCUAAAAAAAAUUGGUCUACAAAUGAUUUAUUUUUACCAAUGAUUGAUUAUAAUCAUUUUGGUUAUUCCAAAAUUUGGUAUAUUAUACCUGAAUCAGAAUUUGAAAAAUUUGAAAAAUUAAUACAAAAUCAAAAUCAAUAUAUUGAUGAAUUAAUAGAUUCUAAACAGAAUGAGAAUGAUCAAUUCUUGAAUACUAAAAUUUAUGAAAUUUUUAGCAGUUCCAAUAAAAGGAAUUCUCCUGAUUUCAUAAAACAUAAUCUCCUGGAAGAUUUUUACCAAUAUUCAAAUAUUAAUCAAAAAAUCAAUCAUUUAAGAUAUAAUUCUUCUUUUCCUACAAUAAACCCGGAAAUAUUAAUGAAAAAUGACAUUAAAUUUUAUAGAGCUAUUCAAGAACAAGAUUCUUAUAUCUUUGUUCUACCAAAGACUUUUACAUCUAAUAUUUCCACGGGCCUAAAUAUUUCUCAGUAUAAUUUAUUUGCUCCAUCAUUUUGGUUAAUACAUUAUUCCUUGCAAUCUUCUCAAUGGAUGGAAAAUAAUAAUUAUUUAAUUGGCAUAAAUCCCUUUGAGUUUUUAAUGAAUGUAGUAUCAUCACAUACAAAGGAUUUAUUAUUAGAAGACGAACCUAAAAAUUUAUUAAUCCCAAAUUUAAAUAAAUCAAAUUAUAAAGAACUAAAGGAUAUGCUACAGCCUCACAUUAUUAAAGAAUUAUCUGAAAGGUAUAAAUUUAGGUCAUUAUUAAAUAAAAAUUCCAUAAAAUUUAAAGAAAUUUCAAACAAUAAAUUUGAUUUCAUUUCAGAUUUAUCGUUCACUUCCACUAGAGGUUCUAAAAUUAUUAUUACUGAAACAAAUGUUGAUUCAAUCACAAUUUCCAUUAAAGAAUUUUUACAAAAUUCAGAUAUUUUAAUUAAGGAAGAGAGUAAUACGAAUACUAAUAAUCGUAGUAGUAAAAUAUUUUUAAUUUUCAAUAAAAUGGCCUCUCACAAUUCUAGCAUAUCAAUAACUCUACAUACCCUUUUUGAAGAUGAAAUAUUAUUGAAAUUAAUCGAUGAAAGACAAUUGCAAAGUUUCAUUGAUCUACUAAAAAAUGAACAAAAUAUUGAUGAACCAAUAGAAAUUCAAAAAAAUUUACAGUCAAGUACCAAAGUUAAAUAUGGAACAUUUCAAAACGUUGUUAAUAAAGGCAAAUAUAAAGAUAAUCAAUUUGUUAUGAAAUUAACAAGAGAAUCUAACAGACUUUUAAACAAAUGUCAAGCUAUUAUAGAAUAUUAUUCUCAAUUUCAAACUACAAAUGAUAUUACGGUUAUUAAAGUAUUCGAAAACUUAAAUAUGAAUGAAAUUAUUAGACCCAAUAGAAAAUAUAGAAUUGAUGAUAUUCACGAAUUACUGUCACAACUAGAUCAAUUUCCCAUUGAUCUCAAAGAUUUAAAAUACGUUCAAGAACUUGAUAUAAUUAUACGUAAGAUUAGUGACUUCGAUCGAAAAUUAGAGGAAGAAUUUCAAAUAUGGCAAUCUAAAAAUGAGACAACGGAACUGUUGAAUUUAUCUCAAAUUCUUGGAAUAUUAAAGAAAUCGUUGAACUUUCCCAUACAACCAAAUUUUGAGGAGCAAAUAAUCCACGAAUUUCUUUACUCCAAUUGGAAUUAUCUAUUUAACAAAUAUUUUAUCCAAACUAAUACGAACUUUAAUACUGAAUUAACUAUUGUAGAAUAUCUACCUAUGUUUUAUAAUUUUUUCCAAAUUGGUUUGAAAUAUUGCCAAGAGAAAGAUCUUUCUAAAUUGAAAAUAGUCAAGAAUUACAUCCUCCAAUUGGAAUCUUUAUUUAAAGAGUAUGAAAUUCUUUUGAAAAAUAUCAAUUAUUCUAAUGAAUUGAACUUGCAACAAAUUAUCAAGGUUCUUGAAUAUUCUUCAUUAAUUAAUAUUAACAUUAGUGACAAUUUAUUAAAAAUCUUAAAAGGAAUCAUUAAGGGGAGUGAAAAAAAUGAUAUUAUAAAUUUGACAAAUUUUUCUAUUGGACAAAAAUUAAAAAUUAAUGAACAAUAUUUAUUUGAUUUAAUUGAAAAUAUUCGUGGUGAUAAAUUAGAAACUUUCCAAAUAAUUAAAAGAUUCGACGGUUCAAAAUUGGAUGAAAGACUAACCUACCAGGAAGUUUCUAAUGAAAAGAUUUACAUUAAAUAUUUGGAUGAUUGUGAAAAGUGGAAACUUGAUUAUGAUAAGAAAUUUUUUGACAAUAUAAAUAUUUCCAAAAACUGGCAAACUAUCCUUUCAACUAGCCUGGAUAUCAUCAAUGAUAUUUAUAUACCUACGGAUUCCGAUCUGAUUCGACCAGAUAUAUAUUGCUAUUGUAGAGAAGGUGAUAUUGGAGGUACCAUGAUUGAGUGUGAAGUUUGCAAAGAAUGGUAUCAUAUAGAUUGUAUUGAUAAUGAAAAUUUACAAUCAUCAGAUGAUCCAAAAGUCGCCUUUGUUUGUUCGUUAUGCUAUUGUUCCACCGAUAAUUCAGAUGAAAUAACAAAAUCCAAUCAUCUUUUUGAAUUCAAAGAUCUCCAAGAAGUCCUAAUCAAUAGUUUUAAAUUGAACCUUGUACCAGAUCGAACAUUAGUGAAUACUUUGGUCAACUUGUAUGCCAGAGUUCUAGUCUUCCGCUAUCAAUUACAACAUAACCUUUUUAAUCAAAACGAUGAAAUUGAUACUAAUAUUCCUAUUCCAUUAAUUAAGUUCUUCCUAAGAAAAUUACAAGGUUCCCGCUGUAACAUGCCCGACAUUUCCCUAGCUUUGAAAAAUUCUCUUAAAAACGAUAACCAGAUCCAAUGUCAACAUAUCCUUGAUAGAGGGUUGCGUAUCAUUACUGAUUCUCAUUACAUCUAG